AUGCUUCUCGUCGAUGAGGUCACUGCCGCUGUCAUCAUCAUCAUCAUCUCUCUUGUACCCCAACCUCGCCACGUGGAUCCUGAUGUUGUCCAGGCGGGCGGUGACGUGGACGUAGCUCUCGAAAUAUUCGACCGCGUAAUCGAACUGGACCACAGCCUCCAGCUGCUGGUGUGCCAGGGCGUAUUUCAGAAGGGCGUCCCGAGCAUUAACUAUUCGGGUCGACCGCAUGGACCUCACGGGGGUGUACGCUUUGAGAAUCCACAGCCCGUGAGUCUCGACCGAGUACGAAAAUCCGAGAUUAAUUUGGGAGAAGGGGGAUUUAGUCUCGAUGUCUCGAAGAACCAACCACUUGGCGAGGACCCGAAUGAGCGGGCGAGGCAGAGCUCCACGUCAGCGCCGGCCGAGAGGAAGAAGUUGGUGAGGACGGGCGCGUGGCGGGACGAGAAGAGGGCGAGAUUGGGGGAGAGAAGGGAGUGGAAGUAG